AUGGAUCGCUGUCGGCUUUGUCUGGAUCGUGUAGGUGGUACCGUUCGAAUGCACGACAAAGGCUUUAGUAGAAAUUUGGGAAGGCUUUUCCACAUGCAGUUUGCAGAAAAUGAUUGCUUACCCGCGAAAGUAUGUGAUAUUUGCGUGGUGAAAGUUCAGGAAUUUUGCACGUUUUUGGAGCUAGUUCUUCGAACACAAGAGCAACUGAAAGCAGAACAAACAAAUGCUGACAAUAAUCAGAUAGUCGUGGAAAGUAAAUACAAUACUGAUGAGCGCGAUCGAAGGAAGUGUAUGAAACCUCUACUAACGAGCACAGAAGAAGAGAACAAUCGUACGAGUGCUAACAAUGAUAACAAUCGCCAGGCAAAGCAUGAGGAAUGUUCUCAUGAUAGUAGAGACGGCGUACCACCUUCCAUUGCUAUGACCACGAUAAAUGAAGAAAAAAUCCUGUUGAAAAGAAAAUCAUCAGAAGCCGUCUGUGCUGACGACAACGAUGGUGAUGAAACGGAGGCGCUCGACGAUGAAGAUAAUACUCAAAAGGAUAGAAACUCUUCAAUACGAAAACGAAUAGAAGACAAUAAUCGCAUCAGAGAAUUUUUCUCAAUGGUGUGCGAGAUAUGUUCUAAAGAGUUUACCACCUUCCAACGGCUACAGAUGCACUCUCGGAAGGCGCAUAACGUUCGCGGAUUCAUUGCCUGUUGUAAUCAAAAGUUUUUCCGCACAUUUCGUGUACUGGACCAUAUAGCGUUCCACGUGAAACCAGAUGCUUUUAGGUGCGAACUGUGUCAGAAAAACUAUCGCAGCCGGUAUACGCUUCGGCAACACAAUAAAAGGCAUCAUUGUGCCGAGCCAAAAGAGCAACCGUUCAAAUGUGACCAAUGUCACCAGUCGUACGAGAAGAGUUAUCAGCUUAAAGCACACAUCUUGCGUCACGUGCAGGCCCCGUGUCACAUUUGUGGUAAGAUCCUUUCUAGCGUGCAGGCGCUACGAGUCCAUAUUAAUCACAUGCACGGUACAGAUGAGAAACAAAUCUGCCACACCUGCGGUAAAGAGUUUCGUACCAAGGCCGCCCUUGAAAGGCACGUGCGUGGCCAUCUUGGGCAAGUGGUGACCGAGAAACGGCAGUGCCCGCAGUGUGGAGUGUGGGUAAAUGGGGCUCGAGGUCUUAAAAAUCACACGCGGAACGUGCACCCGGGCAAGGACGAGGUAUUUGAGUGUGAUAUUUGCCAGCAGCGGUGCAAAAAUGCCACCACCUUGUAUCAACAUCGUAAAGGUGUACAUGCGCAGGAUAAGUUUGAGUGUGAGUUUUGUGGCAAACGGUUCAAGCGCAAGAUUUACUUAAAGGAACAUCGAGCACUACACACCGAACAGUCGCUGUAUUCCUGUAGCGUGUGUGAACACAAAACAAAUUCGAAUGCAAAUAUGUAUGCACAUAUUAAGCGCAAACAUCCGAUCGAAUGGCAAGAAACCCAAAGGCAAAAACUGUUGGCUGCAGCUGCAUCGGCGGAGAAAUUGGCGGCAUAG